AUGAAGGACUGGGGCGAGCGUCUAAAGAAGGUGGAACAGCUAGCCGAGGCCUUCCAUCACAGUCCUGUGAUCCCGCGCUAUAAGCCUCGACUUUGGCCGUGCCAGCCUUCCUCUGUUUGGAAGCUCUUCCAUCGCCAAAAUAUGGCUAUUGGCUUUGCUCGCAGCUGCAAGGAGCCUGUGCAUGUCUUUGCACUGGAAAAAGAGAAUGCUGUUCAGGGUCAAAGGAUAUUCCUGGUGACCAGUUACUGUGAGCUGUGGCACUACUAUAGGACCUUCCCGCAGUCCUUGAUGCACUGCUACGAGGUGAUACCGGAGGGCGCUGUUUGCAAACUCUAUUUUGACUUGGAGUUCCACAAGCCCUCAAACAGAGAGGUUGAUGGGAAAAAGAUGGUGUCCAUGUUGAUCCAGUAUGUUUGUGAAAAGCUACAGGAAAUUUAUAGUGUGGAAUGCACGGCAGCAAACGUCCUCAAUCUGGACUCCAGCACAGAUGACAAAUUCAGUCGUCACCUUAUCUUCAAUCUCAAAAAUGCGGCUUUCAAAGACAACAUUCAUGUUGGUGCCUUCAUUCAUGCCAUUCUUCAACCUGCUCUGGAUGAAUGCAACGAGGAAAGUAGCGGAAUGCAUGCCGAGCUGACAGGUGAUGGAACACAGAACAAAAAAAGGAAACAAGAAAAGAUGGACCUCAGCUUCCUUCGUGUGAAAAAGGAGGAUGGCCACCAUGCUCUGUUUGUUGAUCUUGGAGUCUACACCAAGAACAGAAAUUUCCGUCUGUAUAAAUCCUCUAAAGUCGGGAAGAAUGCUGCCUUCUCUUUAGCAGAGGAUAAUGAGUUCAUCUCCACACCAAUCAAGGGCGUUUCUUCAGAAGAAAGCGUGUUUUUAGCAUCUUUAGUGUGCAACGUGAGCUUCACAGGCCAGAAAAUUCUGACAUGGGAAGCCCCAGAGGAUUGCGCUUUGAGGACCAAGAGGCUUCAGAGCAAACAGUUCUUACCCUCUGGUUCACAUUCGCUCUCAGGCUGCCUGACGUCUCCUUACCAAGAGGUGGACGACUUUGUAUUAACCGUGGUUAGGAAGGACACAAUACAAGGAAGUAUCAGACGGUGGAGUUACUUUGCGUCCGAGCAGUUGCUGGUGUAUGACAUCGCCAAGUACCGCUGGUGUGAUAACAUUGGCCGGUUUCACAAAAGCAACAACAUCAUAAUUGUGGUGGAUCUUAAAGAGGAAGUGUGGUACCAAAAGUGUCACGAUCCUGAGUGCAGGAACUUCAGAUCCUCAAGUUACCCUCUGCCACAGGAGAUUUGCAUGAGUUACAUAAUGAUGAUGGAUGAGGAGGACCAAGCAUACAUGAUGGACGAAGCAGGCAACAUCGAACCUAGCCAGGCGCCAGCACAGGUGGCUCCAGAUCAGGAAUCCACAUCUGCUUGGGUAGAAGGCGCUGAGGACGACCGCGAAUUCUCAGAAUGCCUCGACAACUUUGAGGUGAACAGCAGCGAAAUCUCCGAUGAGCUGCUGCUCAGCUGCAUCGAAGAGUUCCAUUAA